AAACGCCCGCGGCAAAUUGCCUCCCUCACAAGCAUUCGCAAUCACGCGCGCAGCGACAUCCCCCAACCAUCUCGCGCUCUUUCCCAGAUAUUUUAUCCCUCCGCUUCUUCCGUCUCUGUUCUGUCGCGAUUCGCUUAUCCAUGCCGGAGAUGUGCGAGGCACCACGGGUGGACGGCUGCGGCGCCGGCGCCGACGUCGACGUCGUCACCACCGGCGGACGCCGGAAGAUCGCCGCGCAUUCCUCUGUUCUUGCCUCGGCGUCGCCGGUGCUGGGGAGCAUCCUUGAACGCCGCCUGCAGAAGGACAGGGCCAGCGGCAAGGCCGUCAUCCGGAUCCGCGGCGUCACCGACGACGCCGCGGCGGCCUUUGUCCGCCUCCUCUACGCCGGCAGGUGCAGCGACGAAGCAGAGGAGGACAUGGAGGAGUACGCGGUGCAGGUGCUGGUGCUGGCGCACGCGUACCAGGUGCCCUGGCUGAAGCGGUCGUGCGAGGGCGCGAUCGGCGCCCGGCUCACCGCGGACUCGGUGGUGGACGUGCUGCAGCUCGCCAGCCUCUGCGACGCGCCGCGGCUGCACCUUCGGUGCACGAGGCUGCUGGCCAAGGAGUUCGCGGCCGUGGAGAGGACGGAGGCGUGGCGGUUCCUGCAGGAGAACGACCCCUGGCAGGAGCUCGACAUCCUGCAGCGCCUGCACGAGGCCGACCUGCGGCGGCGCAAGUGGCGGCGAAAGCGCGCGGAGCAGCGCGUGUACAUGGAGCUGAGCGAGGCGAUGGACUGCCUGGCGCACAUCUGCACGGAGGGGUGCACGGAGGUCGGGCCGGCGGGGCGGGCGCCCGCGGCGUCGCCGUGCCCGCGGUACGCGACAUGCCGGGGGCUGCAGUUGCUCAUCCUCCACUUCUCCAAGUGCCACCGCAAGAGCUGCGCGCGGUGCCAGCGCACGUGGCAGCUGCUCCGCCUCCACGCGGCGCUCUGCGACCACCCCGACCGGUGCAACACCCCUCUCUGCAUGCGGUUCAAGCAGGAGGAGCAGGAAAGGGUGGCGGCGAAGGCCGGCGACGAUGACGAUAAAUGGGGGCUUCUGGUGAAGAAGGUGAAGGCUGCCAUGGUCUUUUCUUCUCUCGCCAACAGGAAGCAGAUGGACUCCUCCCCCCAGUGUUGAGCAAAUGCACUAUCAGCCUGGGGCGGUUAGGGUAGUUAGAUAUAGUGAGCGUAUCAAUGUGAGCUAUGUAUUGUCUCGUUCUAUGUUCGUAGAAUUGUUUUGUGAGGUCAGAAUUAAUGAGGCGAAAUAUGUUGUAAAGACUGCAUGUAUUGUAAAAUAGGCUACUAUGUGAUAAAUCAUAGCUUAGAUUCCUGAAAUCCUUGAGCAA